AUGCUCAGCGUCGCAUCCUCCCUGAAGUCCAUACCGCGACCCGCAAGGGCCAAACUGGGCCGACUUUCCGCGCGGUCGUUCGCGACGGUCACCGACCCCCCUGUGCGCAGAUACGGCGGUUUGAAGGACCAGGAUCGCAUCUUUACAAACGUGUUUUGCAAGCAUGAUCACGGAUUGAAGGGUGCGCAGUCUCGAGGAGACUGGCAUAAAACGAAGGACAUUCUGCUCAAGGGAGACUCGUGGAUUAUUCAGACUAUGAAAGACUCGGGCUUGAGAGGGCGCGGAGGAGCCGGCUUCCCCAGCGGACUGAAGUGGAGUUUCAUGAACAAGCCGGGCUGGGAGAAGGACCCGCGGCCUCGCUACCUUGUCGUGAACGCCGACGAAGGAGAGCCCGGCACCUGCAAGGACCGCGAGAUCAUGCGGGGCGACCCGCACAAGCUCAUCGAAGGCUGCCUCGUCGCCGGGCGCGGCAUGAACGCCACCGCGGCCUACAUCUACAUCCGUGGCGAAUUCUACCAAGAAGCAUCCCACGUCCAGCAGGCGAUCAACGAAGCGUACGCUGCGGGUCUCCUGGGCAAAGACGCAUGCGGCUCUGGGUACGCGUUCGACGUGUACCUGCAUCGCGGGGCCGGGGCGUACAUCUGCGGCGAAGAGACGGCGCUGAUCGAGAGUCUGGAGGGCAAGCAGGGCAAGCCGCGCUUGAAGCCGCCGUUCCCCGCCGACGUCGGGUUGUUUGGCUGCCCGACGACGGUGGCCAACGUCGAGACUGUUGCGGUUGCGCCCACGAUCUGCAGGCGGGGCGGGAGCUGGUUCGCUAGCUUUGGGCGCGAGCGCAAUCAGGGGACGAAGCUUUUCUGCAUCAGCGGUCAUGUCAACAACCCCUGUGUGGUCGAGGAGGAGAUGAGCAUCCCGCUGAAGGAACUGGUUGAGAAGCACUGCGGUGGCAUCAGAGGUGGCUGGGAUAACCUCCUCGGUAUCAUCCCCGGUGGCUGCUCGGUGCCCGUUCUGCCUAUAGACAAGUGCGCGGAAGUGCUUAUGGACUACGACUCCCUCAAAGAUGCGCAAUCAGGUCUGGGGACCGGCGCCGUCAUCGUCAUGGACAAGAGCACCGACAUCAUCAAAGCCAUUGCUCGUUUCUCCGCCUUCUACAAACACGAGUCCUGCGGCCAGUGCACGCCCUGUCGAGAGGGGACCACCUGGAUGAUGAACAUGAUGAACCGCAUGGUCGAAGGGCGUGGCCAUGUCCGGGAGAUCGACAUGUUGCUUGAACUCACCAAGCAAGUUGAGGGCCGAACAAUCUGCGCCCUCGGCGAUGCCGCCGCUUGGCCCAUUCAGGGGCUUAUGCGCCACUUCCGGCCCCUCGUAGAGGAGCGCAUCGAGCAAUUCCGAGCUGCGAACGGCCCCGUUCUUUUCGGCGGGCGACUAAAGAGUCAAGUCGACGAGUCGUUGGCCAUCCCAGAUAACCUCGGCGCGAACCUGAAGGAAGUCGCAGCACCGCCGUCGUAG